CAAUCUCGUAGCGGCGCUACAGCGCGACGUAGCUUCUCGCGGCAGUCGCCGGCCGGCCGCGCGUCAAGCGCUACGCGGCGCUACGGAGCUACACGAAACCGAUUUGAUCGGUUACGUUCGCACGCUAUUAGAAUUUGUUGCCAAAUGAAAAUAAUUAUAUACCUCUUAAAUUAGUUACUAAAAUAAUUUAUAGCUUUACAUACUAAGCUUUUAAAGUAAUUGUUGUGAAAUCUUUUAGUAAGUUUAUUAUAUUAAUCGUGAUCCCUGAUUACCUCUAGUAGUUGUCGUAAGUCUGUGUCGUAGCUUGAUGUCCGUUUGUUAAGUAAGCUAAAGUCGCGUAAAUUGGUGUUAAGUAGAGCAAGUGCGAUGUUCAAGAUGCGGAGAAUCUGCCACCUCAUCUUUCGUCUGCUCUUCUUGCUUGACGGCGGCGUGUGGUCGCUGCGCAACGUGUCGAUCAGCGUGCCGCGCGGCGUGCUGUCCGGCGAGGGGCAGGCCGCGGUGCUGCGCUGCUCCUACGACCUCGAGGGCGCCGCGCUCUACUCCAUCCGCUGGUACCGCGCCGAGACCGAGUUCUACCGCUACGUGCCGCGCGAGAUGCCGCCCACCUUGGUCUUCCCUCUGCCCGGCGCCUCCGUUGACCUGACGCAGUCGGACGCCCAGCAAGUGCGCAUCGUGAACCUGCACCGGCGCCUCAGCGGCGAGUACCAGUGCGAGGUGUCGGCCGACGCGCCGCUGUUCCACACCGACAUCCGCGCCGCGCCGCUCACCGUCGUCGACCCGCCGUUCCGCGCACCGCGCCUGGCGAUCUCCCGCGGCAGCUACGCGCGCGGUGACGUUAUCCGCGCCAACUGCUCCGUCGACGAGGCCUACCCCGCACCCAACAUCUCCUGGAUCCUCGAUGACCACACGAUCGCGGAGUCCGUGACAUGGCAGAACCCGGAGGACUUCCGCGAGCGCGGCGCGUUCAGCCAGCUGGCGCUGACAGUGCUCGAGGGCGCCGCGUACAAGGUGGGCCUCGUGCACACCAGCGCCGCGCUGAACCACUACAGCAGUCAGUACCCGCUACACGAUGACGACGAGCAUGGAGUGCUGAGGUACGGCCUGGCGGCGCCGCUGGCGGGGCAGUUCGCGCUGCGCUGCGCCGCGCGCAUCUUCGACGUGUACGAGCGGCGCUCCGAAGCCGUCGUCGUGCGCGAGGACGCCCCGCACCCCGCCUCCGUCACCCGAGAGGACUCCUCAGGCGCAGCGCGCGCGCCGGUCAACAUCGGGUGGACGUGGUGCGCGGUCACGCUUGCUCUGUGCAUCGCGAGGGCGUCAUGACGCGACACACGACGACGCCCAGUAGAACACUCCAUGUUGCACGUUGCCAUUAUGUGAAUAUGUAAAUAAAUUUAUUAG